CUAUGAUAUUAUUCGAUUCGUUGCUCCUAAAGUAAACAGAUCAUCUAACAUGAAAUUCAUCAUCUUGACUUUGGCCGUGGUUGCCUGUGUGGCCGCCGAAUCGGGCUAUAACUACAAUGCUCCCCGCCAGGUAGCCGCCUCUGCACCCGCUCCUGUUUUCCAGCAAGCUGCCUCUGCUCCAGCUCCAGUGAGGACCUACGUGCCCCCUGCUCCUGCUGCCUCUGCCCCAGUGCAGGCGUUUGCCCCUGCCCCAGCUCCAGUAGCUGCCCCUGCUCCCGUUUUCCAGCAAGCCGCCUCUGCACCAGCUCCAGUCCGCACCUACGUGCCCCCAGCUCCCCAGGUCCACCACCAUGCCGCCGCCUCAGCUCCAGCUCCCGUUCAGUCCUUUGCUCCUGCUCCAACUUUCGCCGCUCCCGCUCCGGCUCCGGCUCCAGCUCCAAGCUUCUCGGCCCCAGCACCCGCCCCCGCCCCCGCUCCAGCUUUCGAGUCCACCGCACCGGUGUUCGAGGCCGCCGCUUCCGCCCCCUCUGCCGCCCGCUCCGGAUACGAUUAUAGCCAGCCCGCCGUCAGCCAGCAGGGAUACAGAUACAAGACCGUCCGUCGCCGUGUGUUUAGGCACCGCGCUUAA